AUGAAAUCCCUCGUUGUUGCACUGUGCGUCAUUGGUUGCGCUUUCGCCGUGGUGCCAGAUCCACAGGCCUCUAUUUUACGAAGCGACUAUCAACACAACCCCGAGGGCGGGUACCAGUACAUCUAUGAAACCGAGAACGGUAUUUCGGCCCACGUCGAUGGACAGAUAAAAGUUUUGAACAAGGAUGAGGUCGCUCAUCAAGUACAAGGUUCGGUCUCAUAUUUAUCACCCGACGGACAAAAGAUUGAGACAGUUUACACAGCUGACGAGACUGGGUACCACCCAAAGGGUGAUCAUCUUCCAACACCGCCAGCACCGAUCCCCAUACCCGACUACAUUUUGCGCGCUCUCGAGUAUAUUGCCGCCCACCCAUACACCGAAAAACCCUAUGUAAAGAAAUUCCUUAUCGUUCUCGCCGCCGUCGCGCUGGCCAGCGCUGAUGUUGCCCCGUCGUACAGAACCGACGAGGCCAACGCACCUAUUGUCCGCUCGGACUACGAAAUCAAUCCCGAGGGAUCGUACCAAUACGCUUACGAAACCGCAAAUGGCAUCACUGGCGAGGCACAGGGCACCAUUAAGAACCCGAACUCCGAAGCUGCCAGCCUUGACGUCAGGGGAUCUUUCAGUUACACCGCCCCCGACGGUACCCCCGUCAGGCUAGUCUACCAAGCCGACGAGAACGGUUACCGUGCUGAGGGCGACUCCAUCCCUGUACCCCCAGCAAUUCCUGAGCUGAUCCUCCGCAGUUUGCAGUACAUCGCUGAUCACCCCCCACCAGCGGAAUACUUGAAGAAGACUCAAGCC